AUGCUGGCUAAAGAAGGACUAAAAGUCGUCGAUGUGUAUCAAGAAUGGGCUGGUUCUACCGUUGUACUAGAAGAUCUAUUUUUAAAAUUGAAACGUAGUCUGACGCAAGCAGAAUUCUUGACGUAUUACUCGGUACCAAUUAUCGAAUGUAGAUAUCGUGGUCAUUGUGAACCAUCGUUAUUGUUCUUCGGAAUUAACGAUUCAUUUCUGGCAAAAUAUUCCGAUAUAGAGAGGAGUCUUGUCUCUACAAUUGGAAAAACAUCUGUCAUUACCGAGCCAAUGCUAUAUACCGAAGAAAGUGAAAGUUUAAGAAGUUUAUUAACUCAAACAGCUGAAAAAAUCGACGAAAACACUUGGUUACAACAAGAACCGUACAAAUUGAAUGUCGCAUUAUUUGUUAUCAAACCUGAUCUGUUAGCUAGUGGCAAAAAAGAUGAGAUUAUUGAUCAUCUGAAGGAACGUGGUUUUAUUAUUCAUCAUAUGCAGGACAAACUGUUAAAUGAUGAAAAUAUUACAAAAAUAUUUAAACCAUCAAAUUAUUUGGAGCCUCAUUUGAUCGAUGAAUUUAAUCGUUUUAUGUCGUCGGGCCCAUCAACGUACAUAGUAUUGUCCAAAGGUCAUACUGGAAAAACAACAUUGGAUGAACUAUCAUAUUUUGUUGGUCCAAAUGAUCCCGAUCGUGCAAAAGAAAUUGCUAAAGAUUCAUUAGUAGCACGAUAUGGGACGGACGCGAUUUUGAAUGGUUUUCAUAUCAGUGAAAAUAAUGAAGAAGCUCGAAAAGAAAUUCAAGUCACUUUUCCCGAUUAUCAUUUACCAAUUAUCGAAGGAAAACGAAUAGUCGAAUAUAUACAACAAUCAGCCACGUUGGGGCUCAUUGGACCGGCUCAAUGUAGAACAAAAAAAGCAACAAUAAUUCAGACCAUACGUAAUGCUGGUUUUGAAGUUCGAUAUCAAAAACCUUAUACAUUUCGUUCAGAUGAAGUAGAAUCAUUGUACAUUAAACAUCGAAAUGAUCACUUUUUCAAACAAAUGAUUGAAGCAUAUACAGUAGGUCCAUGCCUUUUACUGUAUAUUGCAAAACAUGAGAAUGCUGUAUCAGAUUUUAUCAAAUUUAUCGGACCAUUUCGACGAGAAGAAUAUAUGACAAUGCCUGGAACUUUGCGUUGCGAUUUUGAUGAUCCAAUAUCCCCAAUGACAACAAUUCAUGGUUCAGAAACAAUUAUUGAUGCUCGAAAAGAACUAAAACAAUUUUUUCCAUAUCAGCAAACAUGCUCAAUAUUGAAACCAAAUUUAUCAUCUGUACAAAAAGAUGAAAUUAUGAAACGUAUUCGAGCAGCGGGUUUCACAAUACUAUCGAAAGAAACUCGUCAAUUAUCAAAAGAAUUGUUAACUCAAAUGUAUGCAAGACAUAAUGGUCUACCUUGGUUUCAAGAUUUUAUUCGAUUUAUGAACAGUGAUGUGUGUACAAUUCUGAUACUUGGUCGAGAAGAUGCUGUAAUGGCAUACCGAGAAAUGAUGGGACCCGUUGAUCCAGUGAAAGCGAAAACAGAUGCACCUGAAUCAAUUCGUGCUAUAUAUGGUCUUGAUAUUAUGCGUAAUGCUGUACAUGCAUCAUCUCAUAUUAAAUUUGCUCGAGAAGAAAUUCGUUUAUUGUAUCCGGAUUACGAGUUUAUUAAAAAGCGACCCUCGUUUAUUCAUACCAUCAAAGAAUCAGUGGAUGUUGACAGUGAAUUCGAUAAAUCAAAACAGAUAAAUCAUGAUAUUGAUUCGUUAACAAGUCAGAGAAUAUCACAAGACAUGCAUGACGACGCUGAUGAAUUCAUCUAUCUUGAACCAAAUGAAAUUCUCUAUGAUGUAUCCGUAUAUACUCGCACAAGAGAGAAUAUUAGUGAAGACACAGCUGUGUUUCUCACAUUAAUCGGACGAACAACAGAGACAAAAAAGUUUUUGUUACAAUUUGCGGAUAAUACAAUUCAAUCUUUGUUACCAAAUAAAAUGGAUGUUUUUCGAUUUGUUGAUCAAGAUGUUGGAUCAGUAUGUUGUAUAGGUCUUCUCACUUUCACUGAAUUGACUGUUCUCAGUCUAUUUCAGUUGAAAGCAAUAAAAUUUUCACAUGAUGGUAGAGGAUUUCCGAAAAAUUGGUUCGUUGGAACGGUGAAUGUGACAUUGCCAAGUAGAAAUAAAACAUACGGUAUACUAUUAUCUGGACCUCAAGGUGUUUAUGCAUUUCAAUUACGCAAAUCGUUAACAAAUCGCAUUCCAUUUGAAAAUCGUUGUAGAGAUAUCUUUUUGGUGGAAGUGGAUAAUGAAUUACGUCAACUAGAAUAUGUCGUUUUGGAACAUAAUAAUGAAAAUGCUGCACCAGCUUGGUAUGUUGACUUUGUUGUCAUAAAGUUAUUGAAUCAUCAACAAGAAUACUUUUUUCCAGUGAAUCGUUGGUUAUCAACCAAUUACUUAGAUGGAAAAACAAAAGUAACGUUAUCUUCAGCUGUCAUGAGUGUUGUUUCAGAAGAAGACUUGCUUGAAAAUCGUUCAGAUCUGAUUAAAUAUGAAAUUCAUAUUACUACAGGCUCUAUGCCAAAAGCAGCUACCAAUUCACCAGUGUGGAUAACAAUCAAUGGUACAAAAUCAUCGAUAACGAAUAAAUAUUUGGAAAUAGCUAAUAAUGAAUUGUUUCCAUUUGAACCAAGUCAAACAGAUACGUUCAUUCUUUACGAUCAAGAUGUUGGAGAAAUUGAGAAAUUGUUUCUUGGACACGAAAUUGUUCAGUAUGGCGAAGGUCUAUUUCUCAAGAAUAUUUCAAUUAAUGUUCCAUCGAAAGGAUCUGAAAGUGAAAAAUUCCGAAUUAAUAAAUGGUUAAAUCCAAAACGUGUCGAUGGUAUUCCAUUGCUCGAAAUUCAAGUACAAAAACCACUUGUUAAAGAAGUGAAACAACGAAGUGUCAAGAAGAAAACAGUGCGAAGGCGUACAGCAUUACCGACAUCAAAUCCGCGAGCUGUAGUAAGUCAAAUCCCAAGUCGUACGGCGAAUGCAACGGAAACAACAUUGCAUACGUCUGUAUCGUCCGAAUCGCUAAAAGUGGAAAAUGAAUAUGUCUACUUUGUAUACAUAUUAACCCGUGAUUUUGAGUGUGAUAUAGCUAGACCAAGUGUAUUUAUUGAUUUGUUCAUCGAUAAGAUCAAUAGAACAGAUUAUAUGCGACUAAAGUGUGAAAAUGGACAAGAUAUUAAGCAAGCACUUGAAAAAAGAUCAUUUGCAAAAUUCAUUGUGAAAGGACCAAAAGUGAAUGGAGUACGUAGAUUAUGCGAUUCUAUGACGUAUAUAAAGCCGUUGUUUAAAUUGUUUGAAAAUUCAAAAUGGUUAGAUUGUAGUGCAGGAAAUGGUUAUGGUAUUGUUUCGUUAAAUUUUGAUCAAAUAAUCGAUCCAACGAUUGCAUCAAGUGUCGAGGAAAUGAAAGAACAAAUAUCACAAUCGUUUAUUCGUACAACACAAAAAAUAUCAGAUACAAAUUUAAAACAAACAUCUGAACAAUUAGAAGAACAUAUUCGUGCCAUAUUUAAGACAUUUUCAGCUGAAACUGGAUUCUCAGUAAAUGAUAAAAGAAAAUUAUCGUCAACAGAUCUAUCACAAAAAAAAUAA